GCUCAAGUUUGGAUCCCACCUGCUAAGGAUUUUGUUAAGAUUAACUUGGAUGGUUCUUACAUACCUUCAACUAAAAAGGAAGUGUUUGACUAAUUAUUCGUGAUUUUGCAGGAAAAUGCUUAGGAGCUAAAGGAAUCAAAUUUGAAGGGGAAGUGGAAGAGGGGGCGGAACACUUUGAAUGUAAAGUUUUGGAAAUUGUAGUAGACUGGCUGGAGGAGUUGCAUUUCGAAAAAGCUAUAUUUGAGAUGGAUUGUGAAAAUGUGAUUAAGUCUGUAAUGGACCAACAAGUGCACUGGUUCAACUCAAGCAUAGUCGAAAGAGUUAAAUCUAAAAGUCAUAGUAGUAGUAAAUUUUAGUUUUUCAAAUCUAUUCAUAGGCUUGUCAAUAAUGUAGCUCACUCUUUAGCUCGUAAAGCAAGAGAGGAUGAGACAGAUUCUUAUUACAUGUCAAACUUCCCAGAUUUCAUUUCUCAAUUGCUGGAAAAUGAUCUCUGCUGCUAUGCAAUUUAAUCAAUAAAAUUCUUUUUUAGUAUCAAAAAAACAGAAAAAAACUUCGCCACUUUCUCUCUAUGUCAAUUUUUCUCUUGUUUUAUUUUUGAAGAUCAGUCUGGUUAAUUAAUCAAGUAAACAACAUAAAUAUGAUCAAAACCCAUCUUCAUCUCUACUGCUUUCUUCUUUUGGUUAGUGGAUCAUGUUGAUUUACCCGAUCCGUGAAUCUGUCUUCUGUACCCGAAGGAAACUCUGUUUUUUCUGAUUGAUGAUGCUAUGUUCAAUUGGGUGCUAAUUAGUUCGUCUUGGUUAAGAAAUUUGGCAUGAAUUGCUUGGAAGUCAGUAAAUUUGAUCAAUUUAUUCACAAAAAUUGAAAUUGGAGUGCCAGUUGUCGCUGAAUUAGAAGAUUUUGAAAAAUAUUUGAAGAAAAUUGGACAUUUUUUUCAUUUAGACGUUGAAGUGGAAAAAGGAAGCAAGAAUGUCAAGUAUUCCGGAAGAGAUGUACCAUGAAAUCCUAUUAAGAGUACCAGUGAGAUCAUUACUUGUAUGUAAGUCUGUCUGCAAGAAAUGGUAUGCCCUGAUCACUUCCUCUAAUUUUGUUAAUGCUCAUCUUAAUCUCACUACCGAGAAAAAUAACCCUCUUCUCAUGCUUAAAGCUUUAUCCUGGGAUACCAACAGUAGUCUAUUUUUCUCAAUAGGUUAUGAUUCAUUAGCAUCAUGUUCGGUUUUGGGUGAAAAUGAUUCAGUUGAUGCCAUUGAAAUGGGUUACCCAUUCAAGUCUUUAGGUUAUCAUAGUUUUAAGUUAUUGGGUUCAUCCAAUGGUCUAAUUUGCAUGGCGAUGUUUGGUCGUUAUAAUAAGAAUUUAUUAUGUGUUUGGAACCCAGCCACAAGAGAAUAUGAUGAAAUACAGCCAACGUUAUCAUCAAUUGAACCAUAUGACAGUGUUCGGUUACAUGCUUUUGGUUAUGAUUGCAAGAGUGAUGAUUACGAGUUGGCAAUAGGUGUCCAAACUGAUGGAAGGGAGAGUAGUACACUAGUCCAAGUCUAUUCUUUAGCAUCACAUUCAUGGAAAACCCAGAAAACCAUACCUUAUUGGUUUCAUGGGGAAGAAAAAUCUGGUGUGAUUUUUAAUGGAGACUUUCAUUGGUUUGCAGCACCACUAGGUCAAGACAGCUAUUUAUUACUCGCUUUUGAUAUCAGUGAUGAUACUUUUAAAGAAAUGCAACUACCGAAAGAACUUUUGAAGUAUAGGUACCAAGACUUGUUUCUGGGAGUGUUGGAAGGGCGCCUCUGGAUACUUGUCAGCUCAAAUAUGAGUUUUCAGUUCGAAGUAUGGAAGAUGAUGGUGUUCGAGAAUCUUGGACUAAGCAUUGUGUCAUUGCCCAUGAGAGUAUUUUCUAUACCCUGCUUUAUUUUAGGCUUGUGUUAUCUUUUAAGAAUGGGGUGAUUCUGUUCUUGGCUGCCAAUGGGCUAGUUUCGUAUGACCCAAAAGAUGGAAGUUCUAGACAACUAAAAAUCAAUAAUGAUCCACUUUUGAACUUCUUCGGCAGCAAGGAUUAUAUUGAAAGUUUAGUUUCUCUGAAAUCCGGUACUUAUGUUGGGGGAGAAGAUGACUAAAGAAUCAAUAAGAACACAAAGAAAGCGCUUUAAAAGAAAUACAGCAGGGAAAUAUGAAGUCCGUAAUUUUACUUGAGCUGCAGUACUAACAUGGAGCCACGCAAGAGCAACACAAAAUCAGUUGAAACUUAGGUGGUUGAGGCUGCGAGUGCUAUAGUGAACAAUUAGUUAGUCUGAUACUUGAUAUUAUAGUGCGUGCUGCUCGCUUAUGUUUUGACUGCUUCAUAGUAAAAGUUCUUUUGGGUUGCAGUCUACUACUCUUUCCUAUUUAUGUAAUAUUGAAGUUCUUCUGAGAUUGCAAUUCCAUGACUAGUACUUGAUAUUACAGCAAUUCCUAUGUAAGGGUGGUAGGCUGGUGCUUGUUGGAUCGUGUUUCUCAGGGUUCGCAGUCUUCUACUCUAUUCCUAUGCGUGUUUGAAGCUCCGAUAUCGAUUAUUGAUAAUUAACGAGGCUGAUAUUAGUCAUGGAAUUAUGUCACUGAGAACUGUAAUACAUGCUUCCUUACAUGAUAGAAGAGACUUCACAUAACUAAGAGGAACAUUGGAAGAAUGUA